UUGACUAUUAUAGUUUGUUCAUUUUAAUACUAAUAAUUGAACAGUUUCCGAUUUGCCGGAGGGAAUUCCUAGUAGUAAUAAUGACUUUCUCUUGGAAAUAGUUUGCGUUUGCCCUGAAAUAGGAAGGAGAUCACCACAGAAGCUCACUCGAGUAGAAACAACUAAGGAAACGCUGUAUAAAAACAUAGCGUCGAUUGAUUUCUAAAAUCUUGUCGCUUAACUGACCAAUACGGCGAUUAAGCAGUUGAGGAGUAAAGUCAAGGUAGAAGAAGAAGGAAGUUCAGAAGAUAAGGUUUAAGCAUGAACUUUUCCAAUACUUCAAAGCCCUUGGACCUUUCUUGCUCAAUGAGGCCCAACAAGGCCACUAAAAUUGGACUGACAUGCGCAAAUCUGGUCAUAUUUAUUGCCGCCAUUGUUGGUAACGUGAUUGUCAUUUAUUUGGUUAAGAGUAGAACAAGACUGCGAAUAUCUUUUAAUUAUUUUAUUCUGAGCAUGGCAUGUGCAGACCUUCUACACGCAUCUAUGGGGAUACCUUUGGAYUUGACGUUYCUUUACACAGGCACUUUAUGGUUUAAUGGACCUUUUGGUGUGUUUAUGUGCAAGUUUAUUCCAUACUCCAUUGUAGUGUCAGUCGUUGCUUCCAUCACAACAUUAACAGCCACAGCAAUUGAACGAUACUUGGCAGCAAAAUUGAUUCUAAAGAARCCCAUCACUCCAAAAGUAGCUCAGAUUGUAGUCGCGUUGAUCUGGAUUUACGCCCUUUUGAUCUCCACACAUGAGGUGAUCAAGUUUAACGUGAUCAUCGUGAACAAGACGACGCCACACUGUUUUCCUGUACUCGAGGACUGGGUUGGUACAAACACCAUCGAAAUGACCAUCAAGUUUGUACUCAUGUAUUUGCUACCAUUAUUCACCAUGGCAACGCUCUAUGCUCAUAUCAUCUGGAUGUUAAGACAACACAGCGGGUCAAGCUUGCAGACGGAGCAGUACAAAAGCAUCCAACGACGAAAGAAAAACCUUACAAGAAAGCUGGUCAUGAUCACCGUUAUCUUUGCAGUUUGUUGGCUUCCUGUACAUGUCAAUCACUUUCUUGCUACUUUUGAUUAUGCUCUUUUCACGUGCAUCCCGUCUCAUUGGCAUUUAGUGUUCUUUUGGCUUGCRCAUGCCAAUACUGCCAUUAACCCUGUCCUGUAUCUGCUYYUGACCAAAAACGCGCGGGCGCUUUUUAAAUCAAGCGUUCAUGCCGCAAAGGGUGAUGGGAACGACAACGGAAGUAGACGUUCCGGAAGUCGAAAGCUAUGGAUGUUUCAAAGGUUUCCGAGUGAUUCCCGAUUACUGACGGCUUGCGUGUCUAUACAAACAAGCGAGGAUGAGGARAAAGGACAUGAGAUGAACUUAAUUGUAGAGCCAGCAAUGUAGAGGAGUUUAGUUGGAUCAACUUGUAAAUAAGUACAGCGGACAUGUCAAAUGAUACAUAUUAUACAAGCAAAACUAAUUUAAAUUCGAGCCGAAGCCGAGUUAGCAAAACUCGGUAUUAAAGAUCUGAUUUAUAGCGGACAAGUAAAACACAAAAACUAAAGCGAAACAAGACAAAGCAAUAAAAUUAACGAAAAACGAUGAUAAACACAGCCAAAUUUGAUAAGAUAAAGUUGUAUCAAAAUUGUAAAUAAGUAUAGCAAACAUAUGAAACGAAAUCCAAAAGUAUUAAACCAAAGAAAAAUCAUUAAAAUUAACACUAGAGAAUGUCUGAAGUCAGAAGCAAUUUUUUUUCGGAAUGAUCAAUAACCGUUUGCUCGACCACCACACCAAAACAACUGGACUCACAUUCCCGUAAAUAAGAACUUUAGCCCUUAGAUGCAUGCACGCGUGAAACACUAACUAAUGUGUAAUACUACAUAAACAAUAAAUACAAAGAAAAAACAAUCAAAAUAAACAAGUAAAGUUUACUCGAGUUUACAAGCUAGUUCACUGAUAUGACGUACUCUAUCAAGCACUUCAUUAGCGUUGCGCGGUACGAUUCACGGGUUAAGUGACGCGACAUAAAAAAACUAAUGAAAAUCGGAAUUAUAAAGGCAGUCGUUAAGGACACUAUAUAAACCCUGGUAGCCACACUGUCAAUCACGAGUAUAAUUCAUUAUUUCACAUGUCCAACGUCGCUUAAUAAUGCUCAAUAUCGCCAUAUGUUGCGCAUUCUUCACCCUGAUUAAAACCGAAAACUCUCUAAGUUAAUCCUAAUGCGAAUUUAAGCCGACCUGAAUCAAUAYAUGAUGUUGAUUUAUGUAAAACAGUUGAGGAAAGAAAGCCAAAAACUAAUCUAAUACCAGAAAACGUAAUUUGGAAAGAUACAGUAUUGACACAAGUGAAUAAAUAUAUCGUUAUGAUUCAAAARACAGAACUUAUCUAGAUAUCAACAUUGCAUCAAAUUUCACUUCGAAACAUGACGAUGCGUUACAARCCUAUGUAGCAUACAAUCGUAGUGCUGGCCAGUUUCACGCGACAUUAACAUAAACGCAAGGGUGCUUUUAUGCGGAAACGUAAGUACAAUCGUAAGAGUGCUUUUUUACSAAACGUAAAYU